CUCGUCGGCUCCUGGAGCACUGCCGCGCUUCCCGCUGCCUAACGAUCCAUUAUUCCUUCAUCAUGCGCGCUGCGUUCGUCGUUCUGCUGGGUGCGAUCGCCGGUGCGACUUGUCAAGCGACUCAGCAGUACCAGUCGCCGCAUCAGGCGGCGAUUUUGAGCGACACGCGAUACCUCGCCGGCGACGGCACCUUCGGCGCGGCGUACUCCCAAGAAGACGGAGUGGUGUUCAAGGAGGAGAGCGACGUGAACGGCGACCGACGUGGAUCGUAUUCGUACGUCGAUCCGACCGGGCAAAGACGCACCGUGACCUACACGGCCGGAAAGAACGGAUUCCAGGCGACCGGGGACCACAUUCCUAGCGCACCCCCGCAGGUGCCACCCCAACCGGAGUACGUGCCGUUGUCGCGGUACAAUCCGCCGGAUUAUCAACCCCCGAGUUACGCGGCCGCCCCUCAGCAGCACCCGCGGCGCUAUCAACUGGAUUACGAACCGCAGUCUGCCGUUUACCAGCCGCAGCCUCAACUGCAGUACCAGUACCAGUACCGCGCGCAGCCGCAGCCGCAGCCGCAGCCGCAGCCUCGCUACCAUCAUCCCCCGGAAUUGCAGGCUAUACCCCCGUACGGGGCCCCGAGCGCGCAUUAUCAAGCCCAGCCUCCUCAGACCGCGCCGCAACACAACGCGAUAAUGACAUCGGCGCCGCGCAACUUUUAUCCACCGGGCAAGCUCGACUUCAAUCGGACCCCCGACGGUUUCUCCUACAGUUUCAGCAAGAGCUAAACGACACGUAAGUUGAGCGUAAGCGCGAGCAGCGGCGACGCCUCCACGACGGGUCUAACGAAGCUCUCGCGAUCGAACGAAACGUGUAGUUCCAUCCGCCAUCCGCUGGUCUAAUCCGCUGGGAGAGAUUCCGGAAACUUCAACACACGCGACAUACAAACGCGAUGAGGAGGGUACGUCUUGUGCGCGAAGAAAAAUAAUUCAGUUCACUUCGGAGUAGCUCUCCUUUUUUAUACGAAGUCUCUUUAUAUGAUAAAGUUGUUGGUUGCAGAACGUGCUUUCAAAAUAUCUUGGGAUAUACUUUCUUUAAUGGAAUUAAGUUAAUAGAAAGGGAAGCAUGUGUGUGUAUCUUGUGUGCGUGAGAAACAUUAUUGUUCAUUCCAAAGUAGUAUUCCUUUCUCACACAUCGAUCUUUGUAUGACGUAUUGUCGAUUACCAGAAGCUAUUCUUCAAAAUAUGUCGGGGGGUACAUUUUCGUCGGCUGCAUCAACGAAGUAAGCUGGGAAGAGAAACAUGUCUUGCUACGCUCGAUAGAAACAUGUUAUUCGCUUCAAAGUAACACUUUCUUUUUAUACAAAGUCGAUCUUUGUACGAUAUAUUAUCGGUCGCGUCUUUAAAUAAAAUACCUUGAGGCACACUUUCGUUGGCUGCAUCAAUCGAGCAAGUUUGGAAUCGCGCAUCUAUUUUCCGGCAUCGUGUACGAAAAAUGAAAUGCCGAAGCUGCUGCUAGAAUCAAGCGACUUUCAUCAUGCUAUUCGUGCAACGGCCAAGUGUCUCGCACUGCAAUUUCCUUCGCUAAUGCGAGCACAAUCACGCGCUCCAUGGGGUCGACUCACUUUCAUCCGGUAACCUUUGCGUUCUCCAUGGUGUUGCAACUGAGAAUCCCACGAUACCGAAUGAGAGAUGCAGGAUACGCCCGAUAUAUAUAUAUAUAUAUAUAUAUUUGUAUAAGAGGUGCAAUACCGGAGAUUAGAGGAGCAUGCUUAUUCUCUCAUAUGUAUUAACCUAACUCCCAGCCGCUGUAACUGAACCAGCUUUAUUUAUUUAACGCAACGCCGCGAUGGGACGCAAUUAGACCUCAGCGAUGAAUCGCAGCCUGUCCGAUGCAAUUUGACUCGCUGGAAAUUAAAUGAUUACAAUUAUAGAAAUUGAUCGUCGACACUGCAAUGGAAAUACCUGCUGAUGUAAAAUAUAAAACAUAAAAAAAAGCAAUUCGUUACACAUAUAAGUCUGUUGGUCCGUUGGUCUCAUCGUGAUGGUCGCUAAUCGAUUUCGUUGUGCUAUCCAAGUGUAUCAUUCUUUAUUUUUUACACCGAAGUAAAAUAAAAAAGUAAAGGAAGUUGACACUCGACUGUUCCUCUCGCGUGAGAGACACGAUUUUUUCACUCCUUACUUCGCGAGAGAGCCGGCGAUUAUCGGCACGGAAGAAAAAAAGGGAAACAAAGGAGAGCGAUUAUCUCAUUAUCCGGACUCGCGCGAGUGAUAAUGCGAGCGUUACACGCCAUCGUGCGCGAGGAGGUGCGGGUCGCGGCAAGGGCGAGGAAAUAAAAAUGCAACGGAGUCGAGCCGGUUGUCGGCUAGCCAUUAUUGUUGUCCGUAAUACGGGCGCGGCGCGAUCUGGCAAGGCGAACCGCCUGUAUCUGAACAGGAACUCGGUGGCAACCUUAGGUGGGCAGAAAGAAAUGCAUACCGCGUGAUCUUUCACAUCAGCCCGGCCGUGUCGCCCGAGAAAACGCAUUAUGUGAUAUCGGGCCGACUGUGUUUCACCGUUGCCUGCCGUCCGUUCGUCCUCGCUCGAUCUUACGCGAAUGCACAUGUCAUACGUUUGUAAACACGGCAGCUUGACACCACAGACUCGUUCGCACUGUCGAUCGAACGUUCCGCAAGAAGACUCGCGAAGACUACGCGCGGGGAAAGGACAACUCGUGCCACAGGCGCGCAUUCGAUCUUUUUGUCCAGCUUCGCUCUUAUCCGAGAAAGCUAGACACAGUAACACCAUAUAGUGUGGGCAGUGAAGGGAAGCAACAUAGCUUUGUCUUCGAACCUCUCAUGAGAAGAGGCGGGAUCUGCGCAUGUGUGAGUCUACGCUGAACGCCAGGGGAAUGAACGAGGGAGACGCAAUUUCGUUUUGGACGUGUUUUAUUUAUAAAGGUAUAUUGAGUAUACAUUCUGUUCCAUAAUUAUGGCAGUAAUAUACUGACUCUGAUUAGCUGCGCGUGACAUCAACAGUAUAAAAGUAGUCUAAAACAGCUGCUAUAGAGGCAGUAGCAUCGAACAUUCACACUCCUCGUAAACGGAAGGACCAAAAAAAUCGAAAAUGAACGCCGUCUUA